AUAAACCCUCAUCAUUAACGCCCUUGACUAGCUCACUGAGCCGUGGUAUUUUUAGUGAGUUCUCAAUAAGCCUAGUCCAAAUGUCUGGGAUUACAUGGAGAGUACGUAUCUUAUGUUUCAUCGAUAUAUGAAGUUUGAGACGCAGGUCUCAGAGGACAGAUUAUCCAGAGCCACCACGUGACUGGGAGAUUCACAAAUUUCAGACUUGAAUAAAUAUUCAAACAGGCAGCGUAACACAGAUAUUCAUCACACUGGAAAGACCAAGUCAGCGACACACCGCUUGCCCUGAGACGGCAUCCAUCCAUGUUCGGCCCAUGUCGAUUGGUUUCCCGCUCGACAGCUCUGGAUCCUGACGCGCCAGGAAAAACUGCCUGCGAUGAUGGGGUCCCCAUUUCAGGAAGCCCAGAUUGAGCGCCCUCUCCACCACUUGAGAGAGGGGACGCCGGGGGCGGCGUUGCCAGUGCGGGUCACUCCGAGCCGUGCUCGUGCGGGGAGCGGGGUCGCGCAUGCCAAGGUCCUCCAAGAUGAAAGUCCCGUGACCGUGAGGAGGCCGCUCUGGCUGGAGGGGCAGCACAACCGAUGGGACGGUGUGCGGAUCGGAGAGGCUGCGCAAGAGAACAGGACUGGUCUUCUCGAUCUUCCUCGCGUGCUUCAGAGCCCACUGAACAAACCGGCGGUUCUCUAUCCCCCGUGCUUCCCGCUUGAACGUCAUCGCUUCCACUUGCGCUGUCAUUUGCUUCACCACAUCAUGCAGUGUGCUGUCCGGGGCGGUGCGGAGAAAGUGAGCCAGGCAGGCGGUGAAUGUCGCAUGGCCACUGACAUCCCAUGCGCUUUGGGAGUCUUGGCAGGAAGAGAGACAGAUCACAUCCGCGCGCACAGGCUGUUUCCCAGGACGAGCGACUUCCGGACCAGGUCUUCUGCGACAAUCCCCGAGACAGGACCACGGAUGAAACCUGAAAGAGGAAGACAAGGUCACAGGGACGAGCGCAGCUGUCGACGCAACACAUAGAACUUCACGUAUGGUGGGAUAGAAGAGCGAAUGCCGAGGCUUGUCGUAACCUGGUCUGUUGCAUAGAUAAUGGCGGAGGUCUGUCGGAUGGUCAUGUUUAUCAUCAUGCUGGUCAAGCAGGUGCGCACCGAGCAGUGUCCCCGAAUGGCACGUGUCUAGGACAGCGACCAGAUGAGAGCCAGAGGGAAGCGGGGCGACGAGACGAUCGUAAAGUGUCUAGAGCACAGUGAGAUCGUGGAGCGCGUUGGCUACUAUCACAGGGGAAGCUUACGUUGUCAACGAUUUGCGCCCCAU